GCUUUAAAAUCACCUCGGGCGUAUUAAAAACCGGCAAUAAAUCGCGGAAUUCCCAACGCUCUCGCCGCGGCGGCGGACUCCCCAACCCAAAUCCCCCCAUCCGCCCCCGCACCGGCACGGUCACCGGCUACCGGCGGCGGCGGCGAAUCCGCUUCGGGGCUCGCGCGAUCGGAUCGGCGCGGGUUCGGCUUCGCUUGAGCGGCGCGGGUUCGUGCCCGAUCGGAGGGCGGUGGCGGCUACAGCGGCGGCGUCUCUGGCGUAAUCUGCCGCGGCUUCCUCCUGGAGAGGAGCGGAAUGGACGGGGAAGCGUUCCGGGUGGGCGGCCACUUCGGUUCUUCGCACCCCUCUGGAGCCAUGGAGGAUCCGAUGCAGAGCCAGAACCAGUUCCUGUUUAACGCCAGGCCUGCGCCGCUGCAGCUGCAGCUGUUCGGGAGCCCCGCGGUCCCCGCGGUUGGUCCUUCUGGUUAUAUUAAUUACACUGGAAACAACCACCUUUCUGUUAUGAGCCAAGCAAGGAACACAAACAUUGAUACAGGGAAUGAGAAGCAGCUGAAACUUCAGAUGUCCUUGAACAACUAUCAUCAACAGGAUGCUGAUCAGUUGGCACAUGUCGGCAAUCCAAGUGCUGUAUCAACCGGUCUAAGGCUUUCUUAUGAGGAUGAUGAGCACAACUCGUCUAUUACAUCUGGCAGUGGUAGCAUGUCCUCGUUGCCUACCACGUUGCCUCUUCUUGAUGAUCUUAUGGCUGAAAUUGAUAAAGAAAACGAGGAGAUUAGCUAUUACUUGAGACUUCAGGCUGAACAGAUUGGCAAGCAGAUGAAGGAGGUGAACCAGCGGCGGAUGAUUUCUUUCCUGGCAAAUCUUGAACGGGCGGUAGGAAAGAAGCUGAGGGAGAAGGAACUGGAGGCGGAGGCCAUGAACAGGAAGAGCAAGGAACUGAAUGAGCAGAUCAGGCAAGUCGCCCUGGAAGUCCAGUCGUGGCAGUCAGCUGCUCUGCACAACCAGUCGGUCGCCAACAACCUGAAGAGCAGGCUGAUGCAAGUGGUGGCGCAGAGCACCAACCUGACCAGAGAAGGCUCCGGCGACAGCGAGGAGGACAACGCGGCCUCCAGCCAGAACCCCAACGCCGGGGCACCCGGAUGCUUCUUCCAGUCCAGCCUCCUCGGGGGCCGGAGCACGACGGCAACCGUGGGGCUGGGGGCCUGCAGGUGGUGCGGCGGGAAAGAGGCGUCGGUGCUGGUGAUGCCGUGCCGCCACCUCUGCCUGUGCGCAGACUGUGAGAGGGUCUCCGACGUGUGCCCUGUCUGCCGGUUCCCCAAGAGCGGCAGCGUCGAGAUCAACAUGUCCUGACAGGAAAUCCUAUGUACGUCAAAGCGCACUGGACGAGCAAUGAUAUACACAGUAACUAGAUGUAAGCGUGUUCCAACGGUGGUGUACAUGUUAGCAUGCUUUUUUUUCAUUUUCUUGAGAAGUUCUGGACUUAGUCCAGGUGUAAGGUCACCUCACCUGCUUGGGAUCUCAGAAGGUAAAAAGGGAUCAGGUUUGCAUCUUGCAAUCCAUAUGCAUUCCACAUCGCAUCCUCUUUUAUCAUGUGGUUUUACUGAUGCAUAAAAAUGGCUUUUACUGAAAA